CAUUAUUACUUUCAUUCUCAUCACCUUUGCGAUUGCUGAUGGAUACCACCACAAGAUCCACUAUCAUCGCAGACACUUUCAUAAACCACAUCGUAAUCAACAUGAAUACCAUCAUCCACCUGUCAAAACCGUAACCAUAACCACAACGAAACACUGUGCUCAAAAUGUCCUUUGUCGACAAGAUUUCACUUGGAGCCAAUCUGAAUGCAAAUGUAUUCCAAAGACUACAACCCCAGCUACAACUCCGACGAUGCAUUGUGAUCCUAUCUAUUGUCCACAAGGUUCCAUAUGGAAAAAAUCCGAAUGCAAAUGCAUUCCGAUGACCAAAACCGGAAUCUCAACCACAACUUCAAUUAAACAUUGUGUUCAAAAUAUGAUGUGCAUGAAGGAUUUCGUAUGGGAUCAAUCUGAAUGUAAAUGCGUUCAGAAGUCCACAACAACCGACGCAGAUGCCGCUAGAACCAAUUCACCUAUAGAAACUCGCAAUACAAGACCACUUCCAAAUAGAGAAAC